AUGAUACCCCAGCCUUUAGAGAAGAAGAGAAAACUUUUAUCUGAGACCAAGCGGAGACGUCGUGAAAGAUCUGAACUUCCUAUGAGGCAGACCAGCUGCAUUUUCAAGAGGCCAGUCACACGGAUAACUUCCCAUCCUGGCAAUAAGGUCAUGCGCAAGCUGCAAGAGAACAACUUGGAGAAGCCCCAGCAAGUCUGUGCAUACAGGAGACUGCAGGGACUCCAGGCCUACAGCAGUGAAGGGGAGCCUUUAAAUACACUGGAUGCCAUGAAUACAAUCACACAGAGAAGCGCAGCUGGUCCUGGGCCUGUAUGCACCGGCCCCAAGCCCACCACAUCAUGGUCUUCAGAUUGGGCUGAGAUGAUCCCAGGGGCAGGUCGGUGUGUCCCACAGCUCCUCUGCAGACAACCGGUUACCCGUGCAGAUAUCCGGAGACAGACUCUGAAGGUGAAAAAAGCAAGAGAGAGACUGGCUGCAUCCUUGAGGGAAGACAGGCUGGCCAAGGAGGCAGAGAGAGCCAGGAGCCCAGAAGGACGUUGUGAAAACUGA